CUAUGGCAGAUCAUGGGUUCGAAAAGGAAAUCUGUAUUCUCAUUGCCUCUCGGGGAUGGUCAAAAGAAGGCAAAAUGUGUUAAUUCCCAAGAGACGAAAGAGCUGUCACCCUCCCCGAGAAACCAGCAAUGCAAAACUAUUGAUUUCGUUCUGCUGAGGACUCUGCUUCAGGAUAUCAUAAAGAAAAAUGUCACUCCAAAGAGCCACCUUAUUGCGACAAACGCCGAUGUUUUAACUGCAGCCACCGAGCUUGAUGCAGCCUUGCACCGUGCAGAAAGUUCCAUGUCUUCUACCCCGAGUGGCCUCAACGAUACUACUCUACCGCUGCAGGCUUCCGGUGCCAGGGUGGAGUGUUCCUUACCUACACUACCACCUAUCUUGGACAACAUACUCGAAAGCGCAGUUUUUACUCACCCGGGCGUGAGUAACAAUAUUGGAGCUACUUAUGACCGACUUGAGGUGCUUGGAGAUGCGUAUAUAGAACUUAUUUCUACCAAACUCAUCUGGAACAGGUUCCAGGACAUCCCUUCUGGUCGAAUAUCUCAGAUCCGCGAACUUCUUGUAAAAAACGAGACUUUGUCAAAUUAUGCGACUAUGUACGGACUCGACCGCAGGGCUUCCGUGCCGCCGGAUUACCUAAAACAACCUAGAAGAUGGGUCAAGACAAAGGCAGACAUCUUUGAAGCUUAUGUAGCUGCUGUUGUCUUGUCUGAUCCAAUCAAUGGGUACUGCGUUGCCGAGGAAUGGUUAUCAAAAUUGUGGUUGCCAAAGAUCGAGCAAUUUGGACAACAAAAGUCUUCUUUGCAAGCCAAAGAAUCUCUUGCGAAAAAGAUUAUGGGCAAGGGAAUCAAACUCAAAUAUGUCGACGAGCACCCCCCUGUUCAGGGAGGAAGGGGGUUGCAGACAUACUUUAUCGGAGUAUAUCUCACCGGCUGGGGUUGGGAUCAUAAGCAUCUUGGUUCCGGCCAAGGUUCCAGCAAGGCAAUUGCAGGAGAUGAGGCCGCUGAGAAGGCAUUACUUAAUGAAAGCCUGAUUGAUGAGAUUAUGGAAGCUAAGAAAGCACAUCUAGCCAAGGCACAAAAACCUCUUACUCUCUAGAGCCAUAUUAUUGAGGCCAGCAUUUAUUGAAUGCAAAAGCAUCGAUUACUUGCAGCGCUAUUCUCAGAUAGGAGUUUCUAACUUGGGUUCCCGAAGCUUACUUUACAACCUCAACGAGGUAUUAGAGCAUUGCUUUUUAUGACUGGUGACUAAGAUUCCAUCACUAUUGGGUGCUCAAAAACUGUGAUUCAAGAUGAAGUUUUCCGUACGGCGUACACAAUUGACUCCCAGUCAGACCCAAUGGACGGACUUGCACGUACUCGACACACCUGGCGUUUAGCCACCUCAUUUAAAUAAAUUAUAGAAACUGUCUUUUGUUUGAUGAUUUU